AUGUAUCACUUAACCUCUCUAUGUUUAUCAUUCAUCAUUAUCCAAUGGGCAUUAACUGCAAACCUGCAUCCACGAGUCUACGAUGGCCAAGAUUUGCAAUCCAAUGUCAACCAAUAUUUAGUUGAAUUGGAAUUAUAUGAGUCAAGGUCUCAAGGCGCAAGCUCCUAUGGUUGUAGCGGUUCAAUUCUAAGCAAAAGAUGGGUCAUAAGUGCAGCUCACUGUUUUGAAGGUAAUAUCUUGCACGUCACUGUACAGCGGAAUAAAAUUGGGCCAUUUCGAGAACUCAUUGCGGAGGUGGAUAGAUCCGGUGUAACGGUUCAUCCAGACUACGAACAAGGACUUACUACAUAUAAAAAUUUAGAAAACGAUUUGGCGCUUUUGAAGACUACCAAAAAUAUGUUAUUUGAUGAUUUCACUAAACCAAUAAGGCUGGCGAGAAUCAGGCCACAGGUCGGCCAAACUGUUAUUCUUGCUGGUUAUGGGAACUCAGAUUACGGUACUUCGAUACCUCAAAUGGGUACUACUCUCUUAACUGAGUGUGAACUUUUAAAUCCCGAAUUAUCUGAAUCUAAGUUGUUGUGUACAUAUUGUACUGUGAGAGCUGGGUCAGGUGACUCUGGUGGGCCGCUAGUAUCAAGAGGCAUGUUGAUUGGAGUUAUAAGUGCCGGUUGUGCGGAUGAGCAUAUACAUCAGGACUGUACGACUUAUUACGUCGACGUAACCCAGCAUUUAGAUUGGAUUAAAAAAUUAACGCACAUUCCGUGA